AUUAAAAUCAAUAACUAAUAUUAAAAUUGAAAUUUCUUGACCUCGAAAAUAGCUACACCACAAUCAGAAGAAUGACUCUCCGUGCAUUUUGUUUUUGCAAGAAACAAAAAUGGAAAUAGUAGACAAACAACUAUGUAGAAAACUAUGGGACUCAGACAAUAUGGAAUGGGUGGCAAAACCAUCUUCGGGAGCCUUCGGAGGAUUAAUCAUAAUCUGGAACAGUGAGGUAUUCAAGAAAGUAGAUGUUUUUGAAGGUGAUGGUUUUCUUGGGAUUUAUGGGUUAUGGGGACCUGAAGCUCACCCGUGCAUUUUGUGUAAUGUAUACUCUCCGUGUGAUUUGGAGAAAAAGAAAAUUCUAUGGGGAUCACUUCAAUGUCUACAAGAAAGGAAGGGAGGAAGGAGUGCAAGGAGAGAAAUCACGGGCUUUGAAGAAUUCAUCUUGAACAAUGGAUUGAUGGAUUUACCAAUGUUGGGAAGGAAAUAUACAUGGUAUCAGCUGAAUGGUCAAUGUAUGAGCCGCUUGGACAGGUUCCUAUUCAAUGAUGAAUGGUUAACGAAAUGGCCUGAUUUGAAGCAAUGGGGUCUCCACAGAUCUAUGUCAGAUCACAGACCAAUAUUGGUAAAAAAUGAAGCACAUAAUUGGGGUCCAAAGCCAUUCAAAUUCUUUAAUGCUUGGCUAUAUAACUCGGGAUUUACAGAGAUGGUUGCAGCAAAAUGGAGAGAGAUCUCAGUCCACGGAUGGGGUGGAUUCAUUUUGAAGGAAAAAUUGAAAAUGACUAAAGAGUUCCUUCGGGUUUGGUCAAAAUCUUCAUUACAAGAAGUGGAUAGAAAGAUUGAGGAGUCCAAGGAGGAGAUGAACAGAAUUGAUGUAAAAGCAGAAACUUGCAGCUUAAUAAAAGAAGAUCUAUUUCUUAGAAGCUCACACUACACUGAGUUAUUAAAGAAUAUGCAACUGACAGAAGAGAUGGCCCAACAAAAAGCAAGGAAAAACUGGCUGAAAAUAGGAGACGCUAAUACCAGUUUCUUCCACAAAUGCAUCAAAGGGAGAUGGCGCAGAAAUGAAAUAAAUGUAAUCUCCAUAGGGGGCAAAGAGAUGAGGCAAGUUGGAGAUAUAAAACAAGGAGUAAUGAAGUAUUCUGAGAACUUAUUUACUGAUGAGGGAUGGACAAGAUUGAAGUUAGAAGGGAUACAAUUCAGAACCAUUUCGGAGGCAGAUAUAUGCAUGCUUACUGAGCCUUUUACAGAAGAAGAAGUCAAAACAGCGGUAUGGAAUUGUGACAGCACCAAAGCACCAGGGCCAGAUGGAUUUACUUUCGGUUUUAUAAAGAAUGAAUGGGAGGUGAUCAAGGCAAAUAUCAUGGAAUUCCUUAAGGAUUUUCACAGCAACAAAAAACUGGUAAAAGGGUCUAAUGCUUCUUUUCUCGUCUUGAUACCGAAGACAGAAAACCCCCAAGGUGUGGAGGAGUACCGACCCAUCUCUUUAAUUGGAUGCACUUACAAAAUUCUUGCUAAACUACUAGCAAAUAGGCUCAACAAAGCAUUGAAUUCAAUUAUAGGAGAAAAUCAAUCUGCUUUUAUUGAGGGAAGGCAACUUGUAGAUGGAGUGGUUGUUGCAAAUGAAGCGAUUGAUGGGGCACGAAAAAGAAAAUCCAGGUGCUUCAUUUUCAAAAUCGACUUCGAAAAAGCUUAUGAUAAGGUGAGCUUGUCCUUCCUUGAUUACAUGAUGGAGAGAAUGGGUUUUGAUAUAGUAUGGAGGGGGUGGAUCUCAAAAUGCUUAAGAUCAAACAUGGUGUCCGUCUUAGUCAACGGAAGUGCUACCAAAGAGUUCUCAAUGACAAGAGAGCUCCGACAAGGCGACCCAUUAUCCCCAUUCCUAUUCCUAAUGGUGGCAGAAGCUCUAAAUGGACUAACUUCCGCAGCUGUUGCAAAGGGAUACUUCCAUGGAGUCAAAAUAGGAGAGGGAGAGUUAGAAGUUAGCCAUCUUCAGUUUGCGGAUGACACACUUUUUAUGGGAGAGGCGACUGAAGAUAACAUUUGCACAGCAAAAUGCAUAAUGAGGGCAUUUGAAUUGGUGUCAGGGUUGUAGAUAAAUUACAGAAAAAGCUCUUUAAUUGGAGUGAAUACAGAUGAAGACUGGAUCAGAAGCAUGGCAUGGAUGUUGAACUGUAAAAUCGAAUCCCUCCCUUGUAAAUAUCUGGGCAUGCCUUUGGGGGCAAAUCCAAAGAGAAUAAUCACCUGGAGACCUC